CAAUUACAUUGUUAUUAGCCGCACGGGGGCACGGUGGCUGAGCGAUGCGGUUACGGAUAAUACGCUGGUAUAAGAGCAUGCACGACAAUGGGGGAGAGGGAGAGCCGAGGGGACAGGUACGGUGCGCGAGUCCCGUCGUGCGGGCAACGCGAUAGCCAUCGCGCGUGCAACUACGCGUCUAAUGCGGAAUCCGCCGCAAAAGGCCGAGGAUGCGCCUCGCGAAAAGAGAAAAAGAGAACAGAGAGAGAGAGAGAAAAGGAAGGAGGGAGGGUACGUGCCCCACGGGACCCAUGGACGCGUCCUCGAGUACUCGUAUACGCACGUACGCAUUCGCGUAUAUAUAGCGAAGGGUUCGCCCUUGGGCGGAUUUAGUGGAACGUUAUUCGGGAUGACGAGCGAAGCGCGAGGCUCGCGGACGAGCAACACGGACUUCAGCAUAGCCCGCAUCCUGGGGGACGACCGUCGGCGUUCGCUGCCCUCGGUAGACCGGGAAACCGCGCGGAAACGGCGAACGCACGGGCUGGACCGCGAGCAUGCGUUUCGAGGGGCGGGUAACGAGGAGGCGCGGGAGGCGGACGUCGACGCGGAGGAGGCAGGCCGGGAGGUGUCGGGAGGAAACGUUGAGGGAACAUCGCCGGACGUGGCGACGGGGCGACGAAGUGGAGGAGGCAACGACGGGAGCGCGGCUCGGAGGACCGACCUAACGUGGCUGCAGUACACGCGUUACAGGCCGCCGAGACUACCCCGGAAAUCCGCGGCGGAGAAGCGGAUGAAGCGACGAACGGGCGAGCAGCCGCGCAUUCCGUUCUCGUCACCUCAGUUGCGAGUGCUGGAGGACAGAUACAAGAGGAACGCCUACCUGUCCAGGAACGACGUCGUCGAAAUGUCGGCGACGUUGCGGCUGCCACAGAAUAAAAUAAAGAUCUGGUUUCAAAAUCGUCGAGCGAGGCAGAGGCGCGAAUCGCUGAACUCGACAAUCUUGGCGCGAUGACGCAACGACGACGGGAGCUGGUGAUGACAACAGCCACGGGAUCCGGGCGAAGGAAAAUUUUGGAGGUCAACGUACGGAGGCAGCUUCCGAGAACCGGGCUUACUAUUUAUCUUAUGCUCUCAACUGUUGUACAAAUAAAUCUACCUACGAUUUCUA